AUUUCUUCUUACGUGGACGUUGUACUUGUGCAUGGCUAAGAUUUCGAAAAAAAAUUAUAAAUAAUGCAAAACACCAAAUCAGCCUUUUUUUUUCUUCUUUAUUACAUAUCAACAUAAAAUGACUUCUUUAUACGAUUUUACUGUCAAGAACAUCGAUAACCAAGAUUGGAACCUUGCUGACCUUAAGGGAAAGGUUGUUCUCUUUGUCAACGUUGCUUCAAAGUGUGGUUUCACUAAGCAAUAUGCUGGUUUGGAAGAACUCUACAAGAAGUAUGCCGACAAGGGUUUUGUUAUUGUCGGUGCUCCCUGUAACCAAUUUGGUGGUCAAGAACCCGGCUCUGAAAAAGAAAUUCAAGAUUUUUGUAGCCUGACUUGGAGUGUUACAUUCCCUUUGACUGCCAAGCUUGAUGUCAAUGGUGAUAAUGAAGCUCCUGUCUACAGAUGGUUGAAGGAAUCCAAGCCUGGCAUCCUUGGUUUGAAGCGUGUCAAGUGGAACUUUGAGAAAUUCUUGAUUGAUCGUGAAGGCAAGGUUCAAAACCGUUAUGCUUCCACCACUGAACCCAAGUCUAUCGCUGCUGACAUUGAAAAGCUUUUAUAAACCUAUCUUUAAUUUAUUGUAAUAAUAGUUCAUCAUUGUAUUAAAAAAAAAACAAA